AUGGUGCGUUACAUGCCUUCCACGUUGCUUCUAAUCGCCAUAUACUGUGUUCACGCACGUGAAAGCAUUACAAUUAGCGACAACGGUUAUGACGGUAUUGUGGUGGCGAUACAUGCUGAUGUAUCCGGAGUUGGGGAUCUGAUAGAGAAUAUAAAGGAUGUAUUCACCAAAGCAUCGGCAUUUCUAUAUAGGGCAACGAAGAAUCGUGUUUAUUUUCGAAAUAUAACUAUACUGGUGCCAAAAAAAUGGUCAGAAUAUCGUGGGUAUACAAUGGCUACUACUGAGGCAUACGAAUCGGCUCAUUUCCGAGUCGACAAAAGUAGAACUGCCGGAGACAGGCCAUAUGCACACCAAGUCGGCUUUUGCGGAGAAUCCGGUCAAUAUGUUCAAAUGACUGACACGUUUUUUACUGAUGCGUCGGUUCCGAGUAAUCUAGGACCUCUUGACAAAGUCGUAGUACAUGAAUGGGGACACUUACGUUGGGGAUUAUUUGAUGAAUACACAGUAGACGAAGACAAGAGCCAUUUCUAUUUAGACUCAAAUGAACUUCUUCCUGUUGCCUGUCAUUCCUUGAUAAAUGGGAGCGAGCCAUGUAGCGAGAGAGGCGCAGAUGGAUUACCAUUGCCCAACUGUACAUUUCACCCAGAUCCUACGCAACCCGUUGACUUACCGAUCAAAUCGUCUAUUAUGUUUGCACAGUGGAUUAAAUCGGUUGAUGAAUUCUGUCAUGGCGACUCGUCGGAUCCGUCAGGUCAACACAACCGAAUGGCUCCAAACAGACAGAAUGAUAUAUGCGAAGGAAAGAGUGCAUGGGAAGUCAUGGUAGAGCAUAGUGACUUUUUAAAUGGUAACAACCCGACUCGAGUUAUCGAUGAUACAUCUCCCAAUUUUAUCAUCAAGCGAAGUGAAGUUCGAAGAGUGGUCUUGGUACUUGACACAUCUGGCAGUAUGGCUGGAAAUCUUAUUCAAAGACUGUAUCAGAUGGCAACGUAUUUCAUUGAUACCAGGAUCGAAGAUGGUAGUUUUGUAGGAAUUGUUGGAUUCUCAUCUACUGCAGUUAUUCUUGCUGGCAUGACAGAAAUAAAGUAUGGAUUCCAGCGUGAUGACAUUGCAUCAAAUGUUCCACAAGUGGUCAAUGGGGCAACUAGUAUUGGAGCUGGCUUGGCACUUGCCCUUCAGGUAUUAGAAAAUGACAAUGUGGCUUCAGAAGGGGCAUCAUUGUUACUUAUCACUGACGGUGUAGAAAAUAGACUUCCAUUUAUCGCGAAUGUAUUGCCAGAUAUCUAUGACGCAGGUGUCCGUGUAGACACGUUUGCUUACACAGAAAGUGCACAGUUAAUGCUUCAAAAUUUAUCAGAUACUACAGGUGGUUUAUACUUCUAUGUACCAGACAAUGAUAAUUCAACGGCUUUUAUCGAUUCAUUAGCAGCAACCAUUACUGACAAUCCCCUGGGACACUCAGAUAUCAUACCAAUCACACUGGAAUCAAGUGCGAUAACACUAACAACUAGUGAGAUGACCUACGAAGAUACACUUUUCCUGGAUUCAAGUCUAGGAAAUCGAACUGUAUUCUCGUUCAUAUUUCUGGAAACAGUUUUGGAUGUCGCUCUUCUCUCUCCCACUGCAGUACGGAUUGAUAAAUACUACAUUGGGUAUUCCGUCCACGAAGAACAACGUAGAGUCGCUAUCGAAAUACACGGCAUAGCAGAG